UCUGUCUGUCCAAACAUGGCGGGGGAAAGUUGCGUCCUGAGAGAUUUUCCCGUGGAAUCUCUGGACUUAUUUCAACCUGAAUUAGACGAACUAUCUAAAGUCCUUAGAGAUGGCUUGAGUAAGAACUUUGCUGACGUGGAUGUCAGUGUUGUUGAUUGUCCUAACCUCCAAGAGUCGCCAUGGAAUCUUGCAGCCUCUGGUAUUUGUGGCAAACCAAAAAUAGCUGAUAUUGGUGGACCCCCAUAUUUGCUUCCUUUGCCACAGCUUAAUAAGGUGUAUGACAUGAAUGUUGUAGCAGAAAAGGCUGGUAUUCCUGGUGGCUUUUUGAUUGGAGCUGGAGCAGGAAGCCAUUCAUUUGUAGGAGUUAACUCUGAGAUGAUGGCUAAUAUCCAAGUAGCUUCAAAAGAGAAUGAAAAACCUGUUAAUAAGACAAGAAUUUCGAAAGUCAACCCUGAGGAUGGAUCAUGCAUAUUGCAAGACUGUGACUGCAGUCAGUUUGCAUUAAUGGCCAAUCUUCUUAUGACAGAAGGAAAACCUGGAAAGGUUGUAAGAGCUAAAGCCUCUAAGCGUACAGGAAACAACAAUUUCAUUACAGCCAUGCGACUUGCUCUUGCUGAACAUUAUGGCAGUAAAACUGUUGGACUCGGCGGAGUAUUUCUUAUCGAAAAAGGAAAAGCCAAGUUUCAUGUCAUGCCCCAAUUUCAAGAAAAACCUCUCAACACUGAUGAAGAUGUGAACAGCUGGCUGAAAUUCUACGACAUGAAAUCCCCUCUAGUUUGUGUUGGUGUUUUUGAAAGCCAUGAUCCAGGUCUCGAUCUUCGGAUUGAGCAUUUCCAUGGUUACGGUAACCAUGGUGAGGGUGGACACUACCACUAUGACACUACGCCAGAUGAGGUCCAGUACGUAGGAUACUUUACGACUGCAGAGAGAUUAUUCCGAAUGGACAAACCACAAGUGCAACGCAAGUUUGGAAGUGAUUGAAUCUAGUCUAGUAAUUCACUAAGAAUGGGAGAAUAAAAAUUGGGUUAUAUCUAUGUUUAUAUGUAUGAGGCGUCUUCUGAUUGGAAAAUAUAAUAGAAAUAAAAAAAUGGUACUUGUA